AUGCGCUCGCUACACGGCAUUAUCCGGUACGCCUCUCGCUCGCGCAUCCCGCAAUGGCGAUCUGGCGACUCCACCCUUGCCAGGACCCGUCAAGUAAUGCUUGCGCAGUCGCAACGGCUGCACACCAGCUCUCCGCGCCAGUCCUCCACCAAUGCCACCUCCUACGCCAAAGACUCGUCCAACCCGGCUAUGUCCUUUCCAUGCCUCGAUGCCCAGGAAGCGAAAUCAGCCAUUCUUUCCGCCCGGUCACUUGAAACCGGGCCCGAGCCCUCAUACACGGCGGGCGAGCACGAACGAUUCCACAGCGAUAAGCCAAUUCUUCUGGACUGGGGCGGAGUGUUGCCGGAGUUUGACAUUGCGUAUGAAUCCUGGGGCCAGCUCAAUAGCGAAAAAAGCAAUGCCAUCCUAUUGCACACCGGCUUGUCCGCCUCGAGCCACGCCCACAGUACUGCUCCCAACCCCAAGCCUGGAUGGUGGGAGAAGUUCAUCGGCCCCGGACUGCCCCUCGACACCGAUAAAUACCACAUUAUUUGCACCAAUGUGCUAGGUAGCUGCUAUGGAUCGACUGGACCAUCCUCUACCGACCCAUCGGACGGGCAACGCUAUGCCACACGUUUCCCGAUCCUCACUGUGGAUGACAUGGUACGUGCCCAGUUCCGCCUCCUUGACUGGUUGGGCAUAAAGAAGCUGGCUGCUUCUGUUGGCUCCAGUAUGGGCGGUAUGCAGAGCUUGGUUGCUGGCGUUCUAUUUCCUGAGCGAGUGGGCAAGAUUGUCAGCAUCAGCGGUUGCGCGCGCAGCCAUCCUUAUAGUAUUGCGAUGCGGCAUACCCAGCGCCAGGUCCUCAUGAUGGAUCCGAACUGGGCCCGUGGAUUCUAUUACGAUGCGAUUCCUCCGCACUCAGGCAUGAAGCUUGCUCGAGAGAUUGCCACAGUCACCUACCGCAGUGGCCCGGAGUGGGAGAACCGUUUUGGGCGCCGCCGUGCCGACCCCAGCAAGCAACCUGCGCUGUGCCCCGACUUCUUGAUUGAGACCUACCUUGACCAUGCCGGCGAGAAAUUUUGUCUGGAGUAUGAUCCCAACAGUCUGUUGUAUGUGUCCAAGGCGAUGGAUCUGUUCGAUCUUGGCCACGCCCAUCAAUCCGAGACUCGCCGCCGCCGCGCGGAAGCAGAGGCCCGCAUCGCCCAGGGAGGCAUCUCUCCCAGCGUGUCGGAUCCGGCUUGCAGUUUGACUCUUCCCGACCAGCCCUAUGAAGAACAGCCCGAGGCAACCACCUCCCUGCCUCUCUCCGAUCAGUCCGUCUCCGCCACCACCGACGGUCCCCCACGUGACCUCGUGGCCGGUCUGGCUCCCCUCAAGGGUCACGAUGUUCUUGUGAUGGGAGUCGCCAGUGACAUCCUCUUCCCGGCCUGGCAGCAGCGCGAGAUUGCCGAGACCCUGCGCGCGGGCGGCAAUCAGACCGUGCAGCACAUCGAGCUGGGCGAGGACGUCUCGCAGUUCGGUCACGACACCUUCUUGCUGGAUUUGAAAAACAUCGGUGGUCCGCUGGGCCAGUUCCUGCAGUAG